AUGCCUCUGCAUCCAAUCGCCGACGCCGACGAGCGCAGUCCCUUUGGCUCUCUCUCCGCCGAAGAAUUCUACGCGAAGCAUUCCGUCAGCCACGCCUCCGCCUUCAUCACCAACCCCCGUGGCCUCAAGCUCUUCACCCAGUGGUGGUCUCCACUCCCUCCAACUCGUCCGAUCGGUAUCAUCGCCAUGGUCCAUGGCUUCACCGGCGAAACCAGCUGGUUCCUCCAGCUCACCUCGAUCCUCUUUGCCAAAUCCGGUUUCAUCACCUGCGCAAUUGACCACCAGGGCCAUGGAUUCUCCGACGGACUCAUCGCUCAUAUCCCUGACAUCAAUCCCGUCGUCGAUGACUGCAUCUCCUUCUUCGAUGACUUCCGUAAGCGUCAGGAGACGCCGGAUCUGCCGUGUUUUCUCUACUCCGAGUCCCUCGGCGGCGCAAUCGCGCUCUACAUCUCGCUCCGCCAGAAGGGCGUAUGGGAUGGGCUCAUCCUCAACGGCGCCAUGUGUGGAAUCAGCGCCAAAUUCAAGCCGCAGUGGCCGUUGGAGCACUUGCUCUUCGUCGUCGCCAAAGCUAUCCCUACCUGGCGCGUCAUCCCCACUCGCGGAUCUAUCCCCGAGGUUUCAUUCAAGGAGCCAUGGAAGAGGAAGCUCGCGAUGGCUAGCCCUAGGAGGACGGUGGCGAGACCGCGCGCCGCCACGGCGUACGAGCUGAUCCGUAUCUGCAACGAGCUGCAGGGGAGGUUCGAGGAGGUGGAGAUUCCGCUUCUGAUCGUGCACGGAAGCGGGGACGUCAUCUGCGACGUAGAGUGUGUCCAGGAGCUUCACCGCCGAGCAAGCAGCAAGGAUAAGACGAUCAAGAUCUACCCGGAGCUGUGGCAUCAAAUGAUCGGGGAAAAGGAGGAGGAUGUCGAUCUGGUUUACGGUGACAUGCUGACAUGGCUCAAGAGCCGAGCGGAAAGCGCCGCUGAGAGGAAAGGUUGA